AUGGCAGCAUUCGCAGCAGGCGGUACCCCCCCGGUUCUUCGUGGCGGCCGCAACAACCGCACCAUCUACACCGUCUGCGCCGUCAUCGCCGGCGGCCUGAUGCUGCACCGGUACUACACGAGUGCGCCCGUCGAGAAGGAUGCGUUGCCCUUUCCCUACGGCGACCACAAGGAGCCCAAGGGCCGGACGGCCCCGAAGAAACAACCUUGA